UAUCUGUGGUGGUGUUUUUAUGUGGCCCCACAGCCCUUCGGCUCAGCCCCCUCCGGCCAUCGCAUCCACUCCCUGCAGGGUGGAGGAGCUGAGCUGGGGGGUGGUCUAUCCCCUUGCCAAGGGCUGGGUGCUGCCAGCCCCUCCACAUCCCUCACUCUCCUCCAGCCCCAAAGGAAGAGCUCGGAGGAGCCAGGAUCCUCUCCCCACAUUCAGCCCUGUGGGCAUCAUCCCACCACCCGCUGCUUGCCCCCCGCCGUGCCUCGCACCCGACCCACAAGCAGUCGAUGCCUCCCGGAGAGCCCUCUGCACCCCAUCCUCCAGCAUGUCCCAGCUCUCCUCCACCCUGAAGCGAUACGUGGACUCAUCCCGCUAUGCCGAGACCACCUACAGCAAGGUGCCCAGUGCCCACAGCUCCUACACCUCCUAUGGAUCUACCGUGUCCACUUCCUAUGCAGACAGCAGCAAAAUUGGCUUCAAAUCCAGCUACCUGGGCUCCCCCCGGUACCACCACAUGGGGCUGUCCCCAACCAGUGGCUAUGACAGCAGCCGACUGCCCCUCUACCCCGACUCCAGCAUCCGCCUGAGCCCCACGUACAUCCGCACCCAGCCCCGCUCACCCGGGGGUGGGCUGAGUGGGGGUGCCUGUUACACCUUCACGGGGGGGCCCAGCAGCCUCCCAGCCUAUCUGCCCACCACGUCACCUCUCAGCCGUCACAAAUCCAUCAGCCACUCAGACCUGGCACGGGAAUUUUCGGGGCUGCACACCUCGGACAGUGCCUACUCGCCCACCAGGGGCCACCAGGAGCUCGGCCCCCUGCAGGGUCUCUACCAGGCUGCUGCUCACUCUGACUAUGUCCGUGGAUACCUGGAGAGCUACGGGAGGAAAAGCAGCUUCUCCACGGGCCCCCUCAGCCCCUCGCAGGCCCCCCUGGGCUCUGUCCUGCCCCCCUCGGGCCCCCGCUGCACCAGCCAGCCCUGCGAGAGGAGUGAUGGCUACAGUGACGCACCCGCCCGGGACCCCAUGAGCUCCAAGGCAGUGCAGGGGCUGACUGGUCUGCGAAACCUUGGCAAUACGUGCUUCAUGAACUCCAUCCUGCAGUGCCUGAGCAACACCAAGGAGCUGCGGGAUUACUGCCUGCAGAACCAGUACCUGCGGGACCUCAACAACAACAGCCGCAUGCGCACUGCGCUCAUGUCAGAGUUUGCAAAGCUUAUGCAGCUGCUCUGGACCUCAUCCCCCAACGACAGCGUGAGCCCCUCCGAGUUCAAGACCCAGAUCCAGAGAUACGCUCCCCGCUUCGUCGGAUACAACCAGCAGGAUGCACAGGAAUUCCUGCGGUUCCUCCUUGAUGGGCUCCACAGCGAGGUGAACCGGGUGCUGGUGCGGCCACGGCCCAACACGGACACCCUGGACCACCUCCCUGAUGACGAGAAGAGCCGUCAGAUGUGGAGGAGGUACCAGGAGAGGGAGGACAGCCGCAUAAGUGACCUCUUCGUGGGGCAGCUGAAGAGUUCGCUGACCUGCAGUGAGUGCGGCUACUGCUCCACAGCCUUUGAUCCCUUCUGGGACCUGUCCCUCCCCAUCCCCAAGAAAGGCUAUGGGGAGGUGACCCUCAUGGACUGCCUACGGCUCUUCACCAAAGAGGAUGUGCUGGACGGGGACGAGAAACCGACGUGUUGUCGCUGCAAAGCCAGGACGAGGUGCACGAAGAAAUUCAGCAUCCAGAAGUUCCCCAAGAUCCUGGUGCUUCACCUGAAACGCUUCUCAGAGGCCAGGAUACGAGCGAGCAAGCUCACCACUUUUGUCAACUUCCAGCUGAAGGAUCUCGACCUCCGGGAAUUUGCCUCGCAGAGCUGCAACCAUGCUGUUUACAACCUCUACGCUGUCUCCAACCAUUCGGGCACCACCAUGGGGGGACACUACACCGCCUACUGCAAGAGCCCCAUCUCCAGCGAGUGGCACAGCUUCAACGACUCCCGCGUCACCCCCAUGUCAUCCAGCCACGUCCGCAGCAGUGAUGCCUACCUGCUCUUCUAUGAGCUGGCCAACCCCUCCUCCCGCAUGUAGCCAGCCCGGCCUCCCCAGGGGACCCCUGUGUCAUCCCUCAGAUCCAGCCCCUACAGGUUUCAGCCUUUUGCCACCCAGGUGCAAGAGGGAGGUGAAGAGGAGAGACCCCGAGGUGGCUGCAGUGGGAGGCUGGAGGUGGCUGGGAGCAGAACCCAGGCAAGGACACCCCAGCUCCCAAGUGAGGAGGGCAGCCUGUGGUGGGGCAGGGCCCAGGCAGCUCAGGCACCUCCUGGUCACUGGCAUUUGGUUUUUACCUUAGAGUAUGUUCUAGCUUCUUUUUUAUUAUUAUUUUGUUUCUUUUCUAUUUUUUUUGUGGGGUUUUUUUUUUGUUUGUUUUUGUUUUGUUUUGUUUUUGUUUGUUUCCUUUAAUUUUGUUUUGGUUUUUGUUGGUGUGUAAUAAAAACGCUGAGCGAGGGACUCUGGGGGGGGCAUGGGUCUGCCUGUCCCACUGACUCAGCCAGGACCUCUUCUCCCCUGGGGGAGCACCCUGAGCUGGGGACCCAGGAGAGCCUCCCUCAUCACUCCUGGCUUCUUGGCACUCCCAUUCUGCUUGGCCAUCCCAGAGGAUUCAAGAACUGCUCCUGGCCUCCUCCUGGCACUUCUGAACCUCCUUGCUAAGGACCCUGGCCCUUCAGUUUCCUCCGUCCCAUCUCAGGCAGCACGUCCCCAGUAGCUGCCCCAUGCACACGCCUCAAAGCAGCCUGAGUUCAGGCCCAGACUCACGGACACGAGGAAGGAGAACAUUUUCUGGAAUUUAUUUGUAUUUAUAGUGGACUUUGCUCAGCCUGGAGCACCUCACUGCUUCCUGGCUCUCCAAGGACUUGUGCCGGGGGAUGCUUUGGGUAGGUUUUUACCUCCCUCCUCAUACGACGGUGCCUUAAACCAUUUAGGGGAGCGGGAGGCCAUGGGGGUUGCCCAGGAACGUCUGUCCUGUGGAGGAAAAGGAGGACAGUGGCUUUCCAGGACCAUCUGCAAUUGGGGUUUUCUUCCCCCUGCGAUCAGGAGCCCCCCUGGGUGCCUGGGGAUGCACAUCCCCACCUGCCCUGCUGCUCUGUCCUACAGCUAGCAAAUGCCAGUGGCCUUUUUAGCCUUUUCUCUAAUUUAUUCUCCUCCCCAUCCUGCCUUGCCUGAGGUGCAACAGGAGGAGAGAUGGGCCCGACCCAGCAGAAUCCCAGCCCCAGCCCGCAAGGCAGCUAUGUCCAACCCAGCAACCCAUCCUGCUCCCCCCUUUCUGGCCCUGUGGGCACAGGCUGAGCACUCUCCAGCAUCCCACCCAGGCUGGGCCAUACUGGGGGGCUCAGGAGAGGGCAGAGCAGGAUGGAGGGGCUGCCCACGGCAGGUACCGGACUGGGGCAGUGUUGCUGCUUGGCAGGUGGCUUGUUUACUGUGUAAGCAAGGUGGGUGGGAAGUGUCUUGUACAAGGGAGACUUGUGCAGGAAUAAAUUUUAGCUUGAACAGAA